AUGGAAGAAAAAUCUCUGGGUGGCAGCAAGUAUCUGCUGCUGAUCGUGGAUGAAGCCAGCGGAUGCAUGAAGGGUUUUUGUCUGCAUUCCAAGUCAGAGAGCGAAGAGUGCAUCAAGAAGUACAUCACGAUGAUACAGACGCAGUUCAACAAGAAAGUCAAAUUUGUGCGACACGAUGGAGCCCGCGAGUUUGCGACGAACUCGCUUCAAGAUUUCUACGAAGUCGAAGGCAUCGAGCAACAAACCACGGUGCCAUACGCACAUCAAGCCAAUGGAACUGCUGAACGCGCGAUUCGAACUAUCGUCACCAUCGGUCGUAGCAUGCUCCAUCAUGCCAAAUUGAACAAGUGCUUCUGGGCUGAAGCGGCAAUGACGGCCGUCUAUGUGAAGAACCGUUUGCCGUCACCCAAGAUUCCACACAAGACACCGUUCGAGAUUGUCUACAAUUCUAAGCCAAGUGUCAAGCACAUGCGCGUUUUUGGGUGCCAAGCAUACAUCUUGACCCCGAAGGAGAAACGACUCAAGUGGGAUCCCAAGGCCCGGGCUGGAUUGUUUUUGGGCUACGAAGAAGUGUCCAAGGCGUAUCGAGUUUACGACAUCGAAGCGGGGCAGGUGAUGAUAAGUCGCGAUGUCAACUUCGAUGAGUCGGCCUUUGGAAUGUCGAUGCUGAUUUACGAUGACGAUGUUGAUGGCCUGGACUUCGAAUCGAUCGAUCUUGAUGAUGAAGAACCGCGUCCGGAGACACUUCAAACAAACAGGAAAGCGCAAGGCCCAACCCAGUCACGACAAUGA